GCUCCCGCAUUUGCUCAUUUGCCAUGCGGAUCUCAUGGUUGCUACCAGCUGCGUUGGUCUUUUGGGCAAAUGGACAAUCUGCAAACAGGUGCCCUGAUGCCUACUAUUGGAACUCGAAUGGGAGCUGCAACCCCUGUCCUGCGGGCAGCUCUGCCAACUGGAGCUCGGACUGGUCAUGCUCCGAGUGUCCUGUGGGGCAAUACGCUCCCAUGCAGGGCAUGCUGCAAUGCAUUGGUUGCUCUAGAGGAAGGUUUGCCAACGACACGGGCUCCUCUGAAUGUCAUGCCUGCCCAGCGGGCCGCUUUAGUAGCUCCUCAGCACAGUCUGCUUGCGAAGCGUGUGCUCCGGGCAAGUACAUGUUGAGCACACAGAGUUCAGAAUGCUUGCAUUGCGAGCCGGGCAAGUUUAGUAACGAGACGGCAUCUGAAGUCUGCCAGCUGUGUCCAUUUGGAACCUAUAGUCCCCAGAAUGCCACAGCCUGUCAAGACUGCCCUGCCGGCACAGAAGCAGUGGACUUUGAGGGCUCAGAUAGAUGCGUGCCAUGCAAAGCAGGCUUUUACAAUUCGGUUGCUGGCAAGAGUUGUGUCCGGUGCCCUCCUAGAGCAGUGACCAACACCACUGGAUUGACUAGCUGCGAGGACUGCGGUCUCAUUUGGCUUUGGCCAAUGACGUCCGAUGCGGAACGGACGCAUUGUGUGACCGAAGGGGCAGCCUUUCUGGGGUGCAUUUGCAUCAUUUUUGGUUGCACCUUUUUCUUUAUCCUUUUGCCCUAUGUAUUGCGCUACCACGCGGAGAUUGAAGACAUCACGCUGGAUCGUACAGAUGGCAAAUGCAGAGUGAUCAUCAGAACCCAUGGCAGGCACUGGCUGCCUCACCGAUCGGUGCAGCGUUUUCUGAAGGACUCCAUGUUGAGGUUUCGGGCAAACUCAAGUGCUGGAACCUUUGUCCUUGGUGGCACCCUGAACGCCUCUUCAACAGGUCGACCAGUUCCAGCUGUCUUUUUCAACACGGAUCAUCCGUUUCUGGACGCUCCAAGCUCCAAAAAUGAGGAGGGGUGGAUCAUGACAGAGGCUGCAGCCCUUGAGGCGGAAGCUUCAGCGUUGUACUUCUGGGCGAAACCAAUGGAGCGCACAGAGUCGAAGCAAAAGAUAGCUGGACAUCUCAUUCAACCAGUCACCUCCCAUCAUCUCAUCCUUCUUGGUCAGGACGGUCUUCCAACCUCCCGGUCGAUAGAGACGUCCAAAGGAGUACUGCGCAUCCCGUUCCCUUUAACACUCUUCAUGCUUUCAGUUCCAGGUACCUUUGUGUCAAUUGGCCUUUUGAUGGUGCUGUCGGCACUUUUGGCUCUUCUGCCGUUUUUGGCCUUGAUCAGCAGCCCAGAGGGUGCCAAGUGGGUGUACUUCCUGUCUUCAAUGAUUGCGGUUCUGCUGGCCACCGGCUUUCACCUCUUUGUUGCGAGCCUACGGCCCAUCACCCCGACUCAGCGGACAUUGAGACGUCACAUGAGGAACAUAGCUCGUUUAAACCCACAACCUGAGCUGACAAGAAGGAAAAAAGGUCCUGAGCGAGCUGUCCGAGCGGGGCAUGUGGAGGAUUUGGUUACAACGUUUCAGGAAAGUAUUCGACAUCGUGACAUGUACUACGUGGCCACCAACAUCAUCAAGCCAGUGACCAAAGCUCAUCGCCUGUCCUAUGCUGAAUGUGUUGGACCGCAAACUGUCAGUUGGUUUGUGUCCCACUACUGGGGAACUUCCUUCAGCCAUUUUGCUGCCAGCAUCCAGAAGCACUCCGAAGCUGUGGUCCAGCCGUUCAACUCCGCGCAAGAUGUGUCCUAUUGGAUUUGCAGCUUCAGCAACAACCAGUGGCAACUGGAAGAGGCAUUGCCCUUAACUCGAGCAUGGUGCCUGUUCGAAGUCUUGCAGACCAUGAUCAUCAGGCGAGAGAACUUCAAAGGGCUGUCUCUGUGCACGACCACGGGGGUUCUACAGAAAGGGAAGUCUGGAGUCGAUCUGCCGAUGCGCAUUGCCGAACGCCUGGCCAAGCUGCGCUUAGAGGAUGCCACAGACAAGGAGAUGAUCCUCAAGUUGGUCUCAGAGAUGCCGGGUGGCUUUGAAGCAAUGAAUGGCUAUCUGAGAAGAAACAUUGCCGAGGCACUUCGCACCAUGCAGGCGUGGCGUGGGACCAAUGUGGAGUGGUUGAGGUAG